UGUAUUAAGGCCAGUAGUGUUAAAUUGUUUGGCAAAAUAGACAGUCUAGGCUAAGAACUUCUAUUACUAUGCAAUUUCUAAAAUGUGUUAAACCUCUGGGUAACUCUUCUGGUUGUUUAUCUUGUGCAGACGCUGCCAUUCUUCCUCAAACGCCUCCGCUGUCUCCAGCAAACUGCACCAGCAGAGGCAGCUCUCUGCAGCCAUCGCUCACGUCAAGCUGCUGCAAGGAAAGAGCAACAAUGACCCGCAAAACAGAGAUCUGUGCUUUUACACGAAACUCCGGGAGAAACAGCACCCCCUGGUGGAGGGACGGUGGAACAGCAAGCAGGUAGAACGUGCCUCUGCGUGCUGCAGGCUGUGUGCGAACCUGCUGCUCGGCCAAUGAGAAGCCUGCCACAGUUGGGAUCGCCGGAGAUUCGGCUUGAUUGGAAUCUGCCGUAAUCUGAUCUGCCUGCUUUUUCUUUUUCUUUUUUUUUCUUUACUUCAAAGAAGGGGUUUAUUUCAUCAACAUAACACGUUCGUGCAAUUAGGCGAAAGGUUGUUUCCUUAAACAGCGGCAGCGUUCUGUUCUUGUCCUUCUGUCAUCGCAGGGUUAUUUAUAGUUUGCUGGUGGGUGGGAUCUGACUCCAAGCUGUAAUAAAGUGCCUUGUUUUAAAUGCGUGUGUAAAUAUUGGCUACGUGUGACAUCUGAAACCUUUUUAGAUGUGUCCUUAGCACAGUCCGUUUUAGUGCUUAAUAGCUUAGGUCUCGAUAAAUGUUUAGAAGACAGAAAAUAAAUUCAGCACCAGCAAACUAGAUGAAAACAGAGUCGGAUAUGUUGUGUUUCAUGAUGCCUAUGAUGUUAUUAACACACUUUUUAUUUCACUUGUCAAUGAACUGUUCAAUCCGUUGUUUCGUUUAAUUAGCCAGUGUAUAUAAACUUGAAUGAAUGACAGUUUAUAAACUGGGAUAAAUAUUUGAACUAGUUCUUUUACUACAUCUAUAAAGUCUUCAAGGGUAGGUAAGGUGAAGGACAGUGAAAAUUUUCUUUUGUUCAUGUGUUGAAAGAGCAGAUGUCCCAAGCUGUAAUUUUCUAUAUCUUGUAAUUGUAUUUGAACUUAAUGCUAAUAAUCCAGUCUGUGGUUACUAUUCCGAAACGGUGAGCUGAUUUUUAUUUAUCUCUGUCUCUCUUCUCCAGUGUCUCUGCGUCUGUCUGCCUGUUUGAGAGGAAUUUGUUGUCAGGAGAACAGCGGCGGAGAAUCCCCAGGAUGUCCGUCAGCCGGGUCAGACAGAGACUCUGCCAGGCCUGGAAACAGAGAUUUCCCCCCAUAGCCCCUCCCACUCUGCUGGCCCCUCCCACAUGUCUAGCCACUCCCACACCACUUGUCCCUCCUACAAAUACGGCCUCUCCCAUACCUCUGGCCAUGCCCAAACCUCUAGCCACUCCCACACCACUUGUCACUCCCACAUAUACAGCCUCUCCUAUACCUCUGGCUAUGCGCAAACCUCUAGCCACUCCCACACUGCUGGCCCCUCCCACGCUGCUGCUGUCAGAAGUGCUUCUUCUUCCUGGUUACGUCCUUCCCUGCUCCUCAGCAGCUGUCAAUCACACGGCCCACUAGAGCGCAGUCAUGGCGCACGUUCUGCGUCUGCGAUGUCCGGGGAGGGCGUCGGGCUCGCUCGGCAGGAAGAGGUGAACCUCAGCUUCCUGUCCGCAGAAUCACAGAGGACGGAGGAGCCCGGAGCCCCCGGAGAGCCAGGGUACGAGGGCCCCCCGGGCAGGGCGGGGCCCGGGGGGGAGGAGCCUCAGUCACAGCCCGACGUCACAGUCUCUGCAGCUCCGCCCGUCCCGAGUGACCGAAACAUGCCGACUCAGAGCGGGACGGCAGCCAUCUUGGAUCAUCAGACUCCCAGCAGUACGGCCAGUCAGCUGAGGGGUUUAAGCGACAGUGUUCCCCUGGCUGUGCCUCGCGGGGCGUGGCCCGGCCCAGACGCUCCCCCCACGGAACUUUCCGGCCCAACCGGAGGUGGAAAAGCGGCGGAGUCCGUGCAGCGGACGGGAAAUGGCGCAGACCGCUACUCCAGCCGCGCGUCGGUCGCCCUACCAAUCAGAGAGCACAGCCGAGGAACGGGCUCAGGCCGGCCAAUCACAGCACCUGCUGCUUCGCUCCGCACCGUAAAUCAGGGCAUCUCAACGCCAGAGGCCCCUUUUAUGGCAAACGCAGAACCAAGGCCGACCGGUCGUAUAUCCACUGUAGACGUUAACUCUGACACCGCCCUCAAUAAAGACGAGGACAGAGCGUGUCCAGACAGCUCCGACCCUUCAGAUCAAAUAAACGCGAGCGACCGCGCAGAAGGCGUUCCUACUGGCGCACCCUAUCGAGAGACGUUUACACGCCCAUCUACAGAUUCGGCCUCCGAUCCUGUUUCCGAUGUGAAAUCCCUUAAAGGGAUCCUUAAAAAGCAGUCUAAGUAUGCGGCGGGCCUGUCCGGACCCUCCCGGGCCUGUGGCAGUUUCGAUUUCCCCAAACCAGCGGCAGCGCCCGUAAGACACGCCGCGGAGCGGGCUGAGCCUGGCGGCAGAGCGCCCGAGAGCGUCGAGAGGAGGCUGCGCUGGUCUGACGAAGAGCGCGGAAACCUGGCCACGCGCGGCUCGGGGGGGUGGAGAUGCGCGGCCGGGCAGACGGGAGGGAAGGGCACGUCCCCUCAGCUUCACCCAAAUUCAGCUGAGCUGCAGAGGGGUCCUCUCUGCGCCGGACGGGUCUCCUCCACCGGGUACCACUUUGCCAAACGGGCGUGGUCAGACAGCGGGGACCGGGACAGUGGGGGCCGGGACAGGGCGCCCCAGGAGCGCAGGCUGGGUAAAAGCAGCCCUCCCCGGGGAGGGUCCCGCACCCCCAGGGCCCCCAGAAGAGCGGGCUCUGCCCCGGCAGGCCCACGCACCGGCCCGUCCAGGAGGGGUGCGGGGGUGAGACCUCGGUCGGCCGCUGGCCGCGGCGAGGCGGGGCAACGUGGAGCGAAGACGCUCUCGCCCCACCCCCCCGCCCCCUGCCACGCAAAGGUGACGUAGAGGGCUCGUCGCCAAGCAACGAAGCUCCUGUCGGCUGUGCCACACCAGAGCGUUGUACCGCCGUGACCGCUAGCAAGCUCACUUACACGGUUCCCGCCCACCUGUUCUCUCCCCUGCCCCACCCGUGAAAAUGUCACCACAGCCAUCUGCAUUUCCGCAUGGAAGGAUCCGCUGGGCGGCACUGUUGGGGAAAGCAGACUGUCUCACAACAGCGCCUCCACAGGCCAGGAGGUCUACCAGCAUGGGCGUGGCAUCCGCAGCACUUCUGCGCCCAAAGACACUAAUUUAACUUUUCACGGCUGUGUUUCUGUAGAGUCAAGAGCAGGUUUUUUUGGUAAUUUUAUCUGCAGUUGUAUUAGCUGUUCAUGGCUAUAUUUGAGCUUAAAUUUUUACGUUUUUUAUAUAUUUUUUUUUGUGGUCUAAUGGACAUGUUUUCCAGACAUUUCAGUAUUUUGUCAGACUGGUUUACAGUAAUUCAGUGAUCUCCAGCUCUGGUCCUCGAUGCCCACAGUGUCUGCAGGUUUUUCUUUUUUCUUGCCUUAGAAACUAGCUGUUCACAGACAUUUUUUAGACAUGCUGAAAUGCACCAGGAGAAAACCAUCAGAUGGUCCCUCCAGGACCAGAAAUUGAGAUCCCUGCACUGGUUAAUAUUAUCAACCAUAUUAACCAUGUUUUACACACAUCGAUAACAUUACAGGAACUUAAAUUUCCUAAGAAAUGAACUUCAAGUAGCCUGGCUGUGAAGUCAGCAAUGAAGCUCGAGGCCGUAUCAGAUAUCUGUCCAAAACUCUGUCCUCCUGGAUCAUGGCUUCCAGUGAAAUUUGAUUCCACUGAAAAUAUUUUGAAGUAGCACUGUCUCUGUUCCGCCAACUUGGCUGCUACGUUUAAGACAAGGUGUUCCUAGACUUCCUUUUUUCUUCUCCUAUUUGUCUUUGUUAAUCUAUCAAGAUGAACUGCAAUUUCUGUUUGAAAAUGGAAAUUAGACUUUAAUGAUU